GAAGUGGGCGUUAAGCCCGCAAGAUUCAACCGUCGGUGUUUUGGUGGCUGGAUUGCAGCAGAUUAGCUGCUGGUCAACAAUAGAUAGAUACAAAAAUUAACGAAUUUAAUCAAAUAAGAUGGAACUGACGGAUGACGACGGGGAAAAUCUUUCGCGAGCAGAGAUACGCAAGCAAAAACUUGCAGAAUACCUGGCGGCGAAAGGCAGGUUGAAGCCACCUAAUCCAAAGCCUUAUCUAAAGUCCAGUGCUGUUCAGACAAAGCCUCCAGGAGCGGCGCAGAAAUCUCAUACUUUCAUAAAAGGAAAAGAAAACGCAGCUCUCAGUUCUUCAAAAAACAACAAACCAAAAUGGAAUGUGCUGGCUGAAAAUAAUAAAAAUUUACUUCCUCGAGCUCCUUCUGCCGUCCCCCUACGCCUCCCGUUCCAACCCACUGUUUCACAAACAGCUUCUCAGCAGGCUAGAACACAGUGCAGAGAAGCAGCUUGUGCAGUUAGAAAUCCUUCUGUCAGAGAGCAGCAAACAAAACCAGCUCCAUACACAAAUGUCACAGCCCACAAGCCAGACAAGACUGUUAAGAAGGGUCAAGUGUCUGUGCCGAGCCAAGCGAAAGCUCUUCGCACGUCUAUGGUAAACACGCGUACAAGCAUCGUCAAGACGGACCUGCAGAAAAGGAGUUUGGUCACUGGCCCUGAAAAGGUAGUGCAGAAACCUCAGGUCAGUUGUCCCACGGUGAAAGAGCGUCGACGCAACACCGUUCCAAACACAACAUCUUCAAUUAGUAAACAGGCCACAGUGACGCUAAAGCCAGCUAAGGAAAAUAGCAAUUACAGGAAAACACACACUGAUCUGAAGAAAGCACUGACCAGAUGUCCAGUGGAAAAACCAGACACAUUAGGCAAGACACAAACCAUUUCCCGAGAGACACGAUUAUUAAACAAGGCAGGAAAUAAACCCGGGCUUUCUCACACAGGAAAAAGUGUUGUAGUCACAGCCAGGCAAGGAUCCUCUCUAUUGUCGACUUUUAAAACUGAAAACGCUCCAAAAUCAACCAGCGAGAUUGUGGCUGGUGUGAAUAAAGCAGCUCCACAACAACGGCGUACCACAUUUAAACUCCCCUCCAAGCCCACCGCUCAAGCUCCAGUGCCACAGACUCUUCCACGCCCAACCAAGCCGUCCAGCCGGACCAGUGUGUCGAAGGUGCAGCCGAAGACGCCCAAGUCAACGUUCAAUCCUGGGACAAAUGGUGUCAGGACUGUCCCCCUGGACGGUAGAAAUAAACCAACCACUGCUCAGGAAGAGAGACUGCGUAAACUUAAAGAGUGGCGAGAGGCAAAAGGCAUCACAUAUAAACGUCCGCCGAUGCCUGUACAGCCAGCGAAGAGGAAGAUGGUCGCUCUGCCUCCUCAGGGAUACUGGAGUACAAUAGAACAAGAGGACGAGGUCCAUGGCUUUGUCUGUGCUGUUAACCAGUCUCUGAACGACUGCAUCAAACUUCUUCAACAGGGGUGUCCUGUAGACCAGGUGCGAGAUGUCCUGUCACGGGUGCCAAUGGCACAGAAAUUCGCUAAAUACUGGAUUUGUCAGGUGCGCUUGUUGGAGCAUGAGGGCAAUCUCGAUGUGCUGCCAACAUUUGAGGAGGCAGUUCGUUUAGUCAGAGAGCCUGUCGAUGAACUGCGCUCUGUGGUAUUUGAGAUCCUAAAGAAGAAAGAAGCAGAAGGAUCCUCCUCAACUAAAGAGAAUGAUGUAGGCAGGGAUGAAGAUGGAGAACACAGUUUCAGCUCGUGCACCCCUAAACCUGUCGGCGCACUGAUCCGUGGAGAGAAAAGAGACUCAUCUGUAAUAAAAUACAAGAUCACAGCCACUCCUGGUGGGAAACAAAGCCAGCAGAGGCAGAAGCCAGGGUAUGUUAAUGGCCACGAAAUCCGCUUCAUCACUCCAGUACGCCGAUCCGUACGCAUCGAGAAAACAUCCUCCCGUUACCCAGCAGUACUGCAGGAGCACGACCCCUGUGUGUCUUCGGUCCAUGAACUCUUAUCCGAGGGCGAAGGUGAGAGUGAGUUCACAAGCACAGCAGAAACGCCAAACUCUCCGCUUUACGUGUACCGAGAAAACGAUGCUCUGAAGGAGCAAGUGCAGAUCCGGCUGGUUUACGACGAUACCAAUGCAUCAUGAAACUGUGACGAAGAGUCUGGAAUUCCAUGAUGCUAAAAAGCUUAUAAUGAUGCCAUGAUUGCUUAAGGGAUUUUUUUUAAGCACAUCAUCAAUUUUACUGUGUUGAGAAAGUGAAACAUUUUAAUGUUUCUUAGGACAAAAAAAUGCAACGCAUGACUCGUAGUUACAUGUUCAAGCUGGUAGCGCAUGAGAAUAAUAAAGAAGACGUUUUAACUAUUUCUAAAUCUUUCAUCCGUGUCUGUAUAAUGAUAUGGGUUUUAAUACCAAGCAAAUUGGUGUUUGUUUUUUUUUUUGUUUGUUUUUUUACUCAAUUAUAUGCAAUUUUAUGAAAUUCUCUGUUUCUGUUCACUGACAGUUUUUGUCUUUUUCUGUUUUGUUUUUUUUAUUUAACAGGAACUUGUCAGUAUGUACACACUGUAUUUGGCUGAGCUUGCCAUUUCAUCAUCCAUUCUGCCAAAUGGUGUAAAUAUAAAUGCUUAUCAAAUGUUAUCAGUGAAGGAUAAUAAAAUAAUUUAUCUUUAACUCAAAAGACACCUAUACCGUCAAGAGAUAACAGCUACAGGUUUUACACACCCACGCACGAAAAACCUGAUGCAAUCAUAGUAACUUGUCACUUCCUAAAGGCUCGAGGCUCUCAAACAGGUGGAUGAGUUGCUAAUAUGUUUUUGUAUGCCAGUAUUUAUUGUUGUAUGUUCAUAAAAGUAGAAUUUUCAUUAAAAAAAAAGAUUCAAAGAG